AGAUCGUCAGUUCGCCGCCAAACUCCGAGAAGGAAAGAGCUCUCGCUCCUUUCGCUCCAGUGGUCAGCUCUGUCUUGUCUCUCCCUCUCUCUCUCUCGAGAUUCCCCUCCGUUUCGCAUCUAUCUCUUAAAUCUGAGAUUGUUUGAAGUCCCGGUGGGAGUUGCCAUUAAAGAGAGAAGUUCCUCUGGUCUAGACUUUGGAGGUGAUUUUGAGUCUGUCAUAAGAGCAAUCACCUGGUAUUCCACGGAGAAGCAGAUUUUUGGAAAGACGACGCAUUUGGAUUUUGUUACUCGAAGAGAACUUGCACAAAGUUUCUACGGUCAAAUCUGAAGGCGUUUUAACUUCGAUAAGCUCUUCUCCAGAGUCUUCAAGAAAGGUAGAAUAUUCUUUUUCCUGCAAUUUCCUUGAAGGAAAACUCGGACCAAAGUACAAAGAGGAUCAGAAAAAGACGAGAGCAAAUUGAACAUAAACCAUGGAGCUCUUCAAGGAAAACUUUCACAACGCCGUUGAGUGCGCCGAACCUGUCCUUACAAAAUCCAAAGGAGAAGUUCCUUCUUGGUUGUGCGGCAGUUUCAUGAGGGUGGGACCAGGCCAGUUCGAUUUGUCGGAUGACUUUUCUGUCAAUCACUGGAUGGACGGUUUCGCCAUAAUGUACAAAUUCUCGAUCAAAGGUGGUCAGGUCAGCUUUAGGUCAAAGUACCUUCGCUCUGACGCCUACAAGAAAGCCUGCGUGGCUCAGAAGCCAGUCUUCACUGAAUUCGGCACUCACUCCUACCCGGAUCCUUGCAAGAAUAUCUUCUCCAGAAUGCUCUCCACCUUCGAUGCUCACAUAAUGACAGAUAACUGCUCAAACACUGUGACCUGCAUUGAGGACCAAGUUUUCGUUGCUACCGAAACUUGCUUCAUUCGUCGGGUAGACCCAGUCACACUUGAAACAAAAGAGAAGGUGGAUCUCAACAAAUACACAAGUGUCAACUUUGCCUCCUCACACCCUUUGACUGAUUCCUCUGGCGCUACUUAUAAUUUGGGUAGUUCUUUUGUGGGUGGCCCAAAAUACCAUGUCAUUAGGGUUCCACCCUCAGAAGAGAAGAAGAGUGGUUCCGAGCCUUGGAUGAAUGCUCGUGUUCUUGCCAACAUUCCAUCUAGCUGGAGAGCCUCUUUCGGUUACAACCACAGCUUUGGCUUGAGCGAGAACUACAUAGUUUUCUGCGAGCAGCCAAUGACCGUGAACACACUCAAGUUGGCAACCUCACAAGUCAAGAGCAAGUCUCUCCACGACUGCAUGGAAUGGCACCCACAAGAAAAAGUAAAGUUCAUAAUAGUCAACAAGAACACAGGAGAGGUGCAGAAGGUGAAAUACGUCUGCGAGAAGCCUUUCCUAGUCUUCCACCAUGCCAACACUUACGAGGAGAAAGGCCACUUGAUCGUUGACCUCGUAGCUUACCCCAACCCAGAAAUCCUUGGCAAGCUUUACCUUAAUAAGGUCAGGAUGAAUGAGUACAACAACGAAGAUCCACCCCAACUGGUCAGAUUUGUGCUGCCUUUAGUCACUGAUUUACAGAGCGUGCCAGAGGGCCAGGAGCUAGUAACUUUACCUGGCACUGAGGCAUCGGCUGUGAAGGUCCGUGAGGGCCACAUCAAGGUGACUGGCAUGGACAUUGGAGAGCCUGGUUGGGACAUGCCAACUAUCAACAAGGCAUACAGUGCCAAGCCCUACCGCUACGUGUAUGGCACUGGCGGUUGGGAGAGGGGAUACUACAAAAAUGCGAUAUCUAAGAUUGAUGUGGAUUCAGGAAGCACCUGGCUGUGGAGGGGCACAGAAUACCAGUACCUUUCAGAACCCAUCUUUGUCGCUUCCCCCAAUGCAGUGGACGAGGACGACGGCGUUCUCUUGGCCUCUGUCUGUGAUAUCCAGCCUGGGAAGUCUGACUUUAUGCUAGUCCUCGAUGCCAGGACCAUGGAAGAAUUGGCUCGAUGUGAAGUGAGCGUUAAGGUUCCUAAUGGACUCCACGGUACUUUUCUGCCAGACAAGUUCUAAAUGAUUAGACCACUGGAUAAGGCCACCAGAGGAGGAACAAGAAGCCAAAGUUACUUUUUUGUUGCAUUGUUUUUGUAGGGUAUUGUUUUUUUCAUUGUUACCUCAGAAAAUGGGCAUUGUGAAUAUUUAAACUAGUUACCUUCUGGAAGGCAGAAAUUGGUAAAUUCUAGGAACCUUCCUGCUAUUGGAGGGUUCUGAAGUUAGUAAAUUAAAGAUUGGAAGUUUGUUUUAUAGGGUAUUGGUUUAAAGAUUUUAUUGUGAGUAAUGUUGUAACUUCUCUUGGAUUGCUAGAUGGUCUGAAGUAGGCUUUCUCAAUGUUCCUUUACUUCUAGAAUUUAGUUUUGCUUCAGAACAAAUCUAGUCCAGUUCAAAUGAACACGGGCAUCUGGUUUUUUUUUUAGCCCAGAUUGCAUUUGCAGAAGUUUAUAAUUUGCUUUUCUUGGGUUAUGUCAAAGGUAUGCUGCAUUUUUCACUUUCCCCAACCAAAAAGUAGUUUUAUAUGAAUAUAUAUUCAAGAUAUAUAUACCGUACAGUAUUUUACUGGUUCACACUAGAAAUUAGUUGUUUCUUAGUUAGGUUUCUGGAGUUGUGUAUUCAAGAUCUUGAAGCUGUUCAGUGUUGCCUCCCUGUUAAUGGGUUUUCAUGGACCACUUUUGACCCCUCACUGAAAUGGUCACCUGUAAUCUAUUAGUUUGUCAGUGGAAAUUUACUAGUUAGGUAUUAUACUGAAAAUCUUGAAAUACAAAACUUAAUGAUAGCUAAAGCAUUCAGUAUGAAUUUCCCUGUGGUAAUGAUUUGGUCUAGCAGUUUAAAAAUUUUUAAAAAUUUUAAUUUAAUAACUGGGACUAAGAUGGAUACAUUGAUACUGAGGCAGAUUUAAGUAUUUGUUUUAAAGGUUUUAAAUCUGUUUAGAUUACUGUUUGCACAUAGCUUUCUUUGUUAGUAUACAGCAUUCUUUGCAAGAUAAAGUGAUAAGACAUUUUUCUUGGAAUGUAAUCUCAUUUCAUGGGCAUGCCAUAAGUGACAAACUAAUUGGUGACACAUCAGGGAACAAUGAACCUAAAUCCUACAAGUCGGACAUUUAGCUAGGAUUAGCUAGUCAUAGCUUUAAGUAGGAGUGCAAUAGGAGUAGGUGGUUCAGCGCAGAGCCCCUGCUAUUAGAUGCUACUUUCAUGUGAACAAACUUCAAUAGUUAUUUAUUUGAACAAUUAUUUCAAUGGGCAUUCUUAAUAAUAUAAGAUUGUGGGAAUUUCCUGGAGAAAGUACUUCAGUAAUUGGAGGUAAAAUUUUAUAACUGGAAAAGUAAGUAUUGGUGUUAUUAGGAAUUGUUUUUGGAUUACUUCACAUGAAAGUGUAAUUUGAGUGAUACCAGCCGGUAUUUACUCAACAGUUUUAACUGUGAUAACUUAAUUUUUUAUUUAAUAAAAUUGCUCUUGAUAUUUUAUACAAAUUAAAGAAAUAUACAAAUUAAAGAAA